AUGCCUCCCUCCGACGACGGCAUGGGUUCAACAUCACCUCCGAAUCCGCCCCCAGUGCAUGGCCCUACCCAUGGUCCCAAGAUGACCGGCGACGACAUGAUCUUUGAUUGGGAUUCAGUGUCGCUCUCGGAGGAUGACGAGUUCAUCGCUGUUGAUCCACCUCCCGUGACGUCUGGCUCUGACCCAACGACCAAAGCUCCAAACAAAGCAGGUCAACAACCAGAGGCAAAGACCAACAAGUCGUGCAAUUGCAGUCCCAACGGCAGGAACUUGGUCGUCUGUAUCGAUGGGACUGCCAAUCAGUUCAGCGAAAAGGUCGGCAAAGACCACUUCUCUCCGCGCAGACGCUUAACCUUUGAUCCCCAGAAUACGAACGUCGUCGAGCUAUACAGCCGCCUCAUCAAGGAUAAAAAACAGCUCACGUACUAUAACAGCGGUAUUGGGACGUACGCAAGGAAGAACAGCUGGUCGUUCGACUACUGGAAGCAAGCAUUGUAUCAUCAUGUCGACAUGGCGGUUGCAUGGAACCUCGAGAAUAUCGUUUUCGAUGCCUACCGGUGGCUGUCCGAAAACUACGAACCGGACGACAGGAUAUUCUUAUUCGGGUUCUCGCGGGGCGCAUACCAAGUCCGAAUCAUUGCAGGGAUGAUACAAAGGGUUGGGCUGCUUCACAAAGGCAAUGACGGGCAGAUAUCCUUCGCCCAUGGGCUCUAUAUGGCAACUCUCGCCGAACAGGAGAGACUUUCCGAAUCUCCAACUGCGGACACCGUAUCAAAGGAUGAACCCGUUUCUGCCGGCACGAAUUCAGCGAGAAGCAACACGCCUACUUGGCUCCCGAAGCUCUCGUUCUGGCCAUUCCGGGCGUCAUCAGAUGCGGGAUCACAGCAACACGAGGAAGCUUCCAAGGACAAGGACGGGUCUGCCGGUGCAGACACCCCGGGCAACGUAAACCCGUCCAAAGCAGAUUGGUUCCCAUGGACGUGGAGCCUUCCGACGUGGGUCGCGUGGCCAACCUGGGCUGCGCGAAAGACGCCGGUGAACCAGUGCAAUGGCUCAUCUCCCAAGUCAGGGAACGCAUCCAAAGGCAACGACGGCAAGGCCGAUCCCCAUAAGUUGAGUGAGCGCUUCAAGCGUACGCUUUCUCGUAAGGAUGUCAAGGUCCACUUCGUCGGCGCAUGGGAUACUGUUUCAUCGAUCGGAAUUGCUCGCGGACCGGGUCUUCCAGAAACGACGACGGGGAUGAAGCACGUCUGCUUCUUCCGGCACGCGCUUGCCCUCGACGAGGUUCGGGUCAAGUUCCUGCCCGAAUACGCAAACGGUGGUGUCGGGCCGGCUGCAAGAGAUGAUGCGAAGGAUCAGGGAGACGUUAAGGAAGUUUGGUUCGCAGGGUCUCAUUCGGACAUCGGCGGCGGUAGCAACGUAAAUUUAGAUCUGGACCAGUUUGGACCGGCUCUGCGCUGGAUGUCGUACGAAGCGUCGCGUGCAGGACUCCGUACAGAGAACUUCCAAGGCAAUUGGAAGCAAGUCAAGCCCACCGACUCCAUGAAUUGGUUUUGGAGGAUGCUGGAGUGGUUUCCCCUGAAACAUUUGUCGUACGAUCCUAACCGGGAUAGGGAGCAUACACGGUGGAGCCGUCACCUCGCCUCGCCGCGUCAGAUUAUGGAAGGACAGCUAAUACACGAGUCCGUCCUUGAUUCCAUCAAGCCGUCUUCAGUAGCGCAGCAGAGCGAUCCUAACGUCUCUUCGGAGCGUUCCUCUACGCAGGACCCUGAAGAGGUCUCUAAUCCGCACCUGGCAGCAGCGCCGGCUUCGGAUCAGCGACCUUUCCCCGAGUGGAGAGCCCGCCUACCUUCCGGGAAAACAUGGGAUGAUGUACUGCAACAAUACGCACAACCUCAGGAACAGCGGAAUCUCAUCGAACAUGACCCUUAUAUCUCGGCCAAAGGGGUGUUGAAGGAUGUCUCACGCAAAGAGCUUUCGGUCGCAGAUCGCAACGUGCUCGUAACCCUGUUAUCAUCGGAGGAUGGCAAGCGAUCUGUAGCAGACAGCGUGGAUGCGUCACAGCUUUGGGAAAAAAUCAUGCAGUCCACGGAAGAUUCGGAAGCGCAUACGAUUGACUGCCUCUUGUCUCUUAGCGCUUUUCCUAUGUCACACAACGACGCUCCAACUCAGACUUGGAUGCGCAAAGCCGGGGGUAUCUUGUCUCUUGGUGACCGGAAAACCCCAGAUCUUUCGAGUCAUCAAGAAGCGGUCGAGAAGCUUGAGCAACCGUUCCGCGUAGUUACAGGAGACCUCCUGAUGGACCUAUCGAACAGGCGAGUCUUGUCAGACACCGCCCGUGAUUUGUUAUGUAUCAUUGCAGUCACCGCUUUCGGCCAAAUGGUUAUCACGGACAUUGCCAAGGAGUCUGAGCUGGUCAAAGCUCUCAAUACCGUACAGAAUGACCCGGAUUGGCGCUUCCGCGAAGAGCGAAUUACGGAUUUAUUGAUCCUCUUGGGUGCAUUCCCUUUGCGGUCGCAAGACACGAAACGGUAUUUGAACCACAAUCUGGCGAGAUUGUUCCCUCUAGUCCAGCAGCGACCGGGCAUUGACCGGGUCUUUGACCGGGUCAUGUGCACCGCCCGCAGCAACGCCCAGGAGCUUGUCGGCUGCCUGGUCAACCGCACCGGGCUUUCUGUCGGACAGCGCCGGAAGCUCGAUAUGUUGCUGUUUACGAAAUCUGGCAGGAAAUCGAUCGAGGAUUCCGGGAAGCUCACCGAGCUAUCCGACGCCCUGAAAGAUACAGCGACUGACCUUAAGAUGGAGCCGAACCUCCGCAGAACGCACAUCACCGAUAUAGUGGCAGCUCUCAGUGCAUUUUCCUCGCUUUCCACGGGCAUGGAGGUUCUGCUGGAACCUGAAGUUGCGGACGUGAUUUCGAACCUUGAUACCGAUCGACGCAGGCUUUCUGUUGCUAAGGAUCGCAUUGCAUCCUCGUUCCGCACCCGCGCAGGUGAUAUAACGACCAAGCUCGCGAGUGACGGGAUGGCCGACGCAGACCGCGAUGUGCUGGAGAGGAUGGUGUCGACAGACCUCGGAAAGAAGGCGUUUGCAGAGGGUGUCGUCACCAUGCAACUCUUCAAUGCUCUCGGGCGCGUGCAAGACAGUGGGAUGGAUCCUGAGUUGCGAAAGGCACGCGUCACCGACAUAAUAUGGGUUUUGGGCAAGUUUACGGCAUUGCCGCCCGAUGCGAAGCAAUACUCGAGGCACGAUUUGAAGAAGCUGUUGCCCGAUCCCUAUCAGGAGCGGCCAGAAAUCGAUGAGGCCAUGAUGCAGAUCAAGCGGAUAUUCACUGGCAGGCUGCUAAAGGCUGUUGAAGGCCAUACCAACAUCGUGUGCUCCGUCUCAUUCUCUCCGGAUGGCUCGCAAAUCGCCUCGGGCUCAAAUGACAACACCAUCCGCAUUUGGAACACGGACACCGGAAAGGAAAUCCGCGAGCCUUUACGGGGGCACACUGACUGGGUCCGAUCGGUGUCGUUUUCCCCCGAUGGAAAGCGCCUUGCCUCGGCCUCAUAUGACAAGACCGUGCGACUGUGGGACGUGCAGACAGGGCAGCAGAUUGGGCAGCCGCUCAAAGGGCAUACGUCGCUGGUUUUGUGUGUCGCAUUCUCACCCGACGGCAACCGCAUCGUCUCGGGCUCAGAAGACAAGACGCUCCAACUCUGGGACGCGCAGACCGGACAGGCCAUCGGCGAGCCUUUACGGGGUCACUAUAGCAGGGUUCUGAGCGUCGCCUUUUCACCGGAUGGGAAGAACAUCGCCUCUGGAUCCAGCGACAGGACGAUUCGACUCUGGGACGCUGAGACAGGCGAGCCAGUCGGGGACCCGCUGCGAGGCCACGAUAGCUCCGUUUUGUCAGUCGCAUAUUCCCCCGUUGGCGCGCGCAUCGUCUCGGGGUCAGGAGAAAAGACGGUCCGGAUCUGGGAUGCUCAGACAAGGCAGACAGUGUUGGGGCCAUUGCAUGGGCACGGAGAAGGCGUCACAUCCGUGGCAUUCUCGCGGGAUGGCCAGGACGUCGUCUCCGGCUCCUACGACGGCACGAUGCGGAUAUGGGACGCGCAGACGGGACAGACCGUGGCGGGGCCUUGGCAAGCUCACGGUGGCGAGUAUGGGGUGCAGGCCGUCGCGUUCUCGCACGAUGGCAAGCGCGUCGUCUCGGGGGGUGGUGACAACAUGGUGAAAAUAUGGGAUGGAGAGGUCGAUUAG